AUGCUCGUCUUGACUGUUCUCUCUGCUUUCCUCGCUUCUGCUGUGGCUCUUCAGGCUUCGGAAACGGAGUUUCUUGGCAACACCACGCACGGCCUCAAUGGUCCCCGAAAGAUCGGAAAGCGCUGUACUGGACAGAUCUCCAGUCUAGCUGAUGUGGAUGCCGCUCAACAAUGCACAACCAUUGUGAUUGGCGGGUUUACUGUGCCGGCAGGCCAGACUUUUACCCUCACUCCGCCUGAUGGCGCAAGCAUUUCUUUGACUGGUGCCCUAACUGUCAAUGGCUUGCGGAUCAAAACAGAUGCUACUGCAACUGGCUCUACUGUUAGCAAUGUGGUUUAUUCAAAUAAUAAACUCUCUGGAAUCACUGGAUAUGGGGUACUCAUUGAUCAGAGCUAUCCUUCAACACUUGGAACUCCUGGUACUGGUGUCAUAAUUAAUGGAGUGACAUUCAGUGGCACCAACACCAUUGCUGUUGGUUCCUCAGCUAAGCGUGUGGAGGUUAACUGUGGAAGCACAAGCAGCUGUACUGGGUAA